AUGGACGGACCAAGCCAGGACUUUGGCGACCAAGCCCAGAGCUUUCAAGACAACUUUCCCAUGACAAGCGACGAUGUCAAUAUUGAUCCAUUACUCGACUGCACAACGGGAGCUCAGGCGUCCCCCAUCGUUAGCAAUCCCAUGAACAAUCAGCUUCUCAUGGGCUCCAACAUGUGGAACCCGAUGAACAACCCCGUCAACUUCUUCCCUCCCUCCAUGCCAGCAAUGGCACCAUCAGCUUUGGACAACAGUCCAAAACAGCAGAGCCACCAAGACACAACGCAAACAGCCAUCAGUGGACCCUGUCGCCAAGCCGCGUCAAAAAAGGCACCCAAGGAGCCAUCACUGAAGGAGGAAGACGAGGACGAGGAUGAUGGACUGGAUGAGACGCAAAAACGCAGCAAGUUCCUCAAACGUAACAGGAUCGCGGCGUCCAAGUGUCGUCAAAAGAAGAAGGUGUGGAUAAGAGAAUUGGAGGAAACCACAAAAGAUUUGGAGAUUGAGCACAAUGCCCUACACAGCCAGUACACCGACCUCAUGGGCGAGUUGACCACCAUCAAGAAUCAACUCAUGGACCAUGCUUCUUGCAAUGAUGCCAACAUCAAUCAAUGGCUUGAUAACGAGGCAAAGAAAUAUGUUCAGCGUAUUGCAGCGCAGAGCAGACAGCCUUCUCCAGUACCGCCACAAAAUGUACGUGGGGAAUUUUACAAUAUGCAUCGUCGUAGCUCAAGCGGUAUGCCGAACCUUGCUCAAGCAUACGACCCAUGA